AUUCCAUAUGUUAUUGUAUUCUCGCCCACUCGAUAAUCACGAUAAAAAAAAUAAUGAUUUCAUUUAAAAAUAGACAAGUCAAAAAAAUGUAAAACAAAAAGUUUCUAUUCUCUUAAAAAAAAAGUUAAAUAUUAUGGUAUUAAAGUUAUGAUAUUAUGUCUUAAAAAAUUAGAGUUUUAUUGAAUUUAUAUUCUAAGUUGUUGUUAAUGGCUUAUAAAAAAUAAAAAAGUUAACGUUUAUGUUAGCGCAAUAUUUCAUAAAGUUUUGCAACUUUUUAUGAUGACAAAAAGCAGUUCUUCGAACACAUAUUCGUUUUAUACAAAUAUUGAAUUGCCUUGUGUUAGAAGACUUUCACCAAGAUUAGCUACUAAAUCAAUUACUUCUGACUAUACUAAUCAAAGUUUACAUACUGAAAAAAUAAAAAUGGCUCGAAGAGACUCAAGCAAAAUAUUAGAUAAUCUGUUACAUGAAAGUCAUUUGACUGAAUUAAAAAAUUUAACUAUAGAUAAAGUUAAUUUCAUUCCCCAUCCCCCUAAUGAAGUUAAAAAAAGAAAUUCGGUAGAAACUCAAACAUUUAAUAAAAGUGAAUGCAAUAUAAACAAUUUUAUAGUAAAUAAUACAUAUCUUAAUCCUACUGAUAAUCUACUUGACAAUGAUCCAGAUUUUCAAGGAAAAAAGUUAAUUGGAAUGUAUAAAGAUUUUUUAAAUCACAGAUAUGGUCAGAGACUUAAUCAUUCAUCAUCUUAUUGUGAAAAUAAUAAAAGUUUAUCAUCUGAGGAUGAAUUUAGUAUAAGUAGUUUGUGCUCAUCAGAUAAAGAAGAAAAUGACAAUCUAUCGAUUAGCACAGAUUUGUCAAGAGAAUUUAAACCACAUGUCUUAAAUAAACUUAAAGGUAAUUUUGAUUUUCACAAACAGUUGAACAAUGUUUUACUAACUAACACUAAUUUAAAUUCUAAGUUUGGAUCUGAUGAAAAGUUGUAUACAAAUUCACUUCCUGAUCUUCGAAAAAUAGACAAAGUUGUUUUCAAAAAGACUAAUUAUGUUUGUAAAAACAAAUCUGAAUCUGUAAGUGAACCAGGAGCAAAGCGACUGUACAAAUUUAAUCCAUUGCCACCAAUACCAGUUUCAAAUUUACCUAAUACAUCUGUGAUGUAUGAAACACUAGAUCACCAAAAGGAAAAAAAAGAAAAUAUUUUUAAAGACAAUCAUAAAUCUUUUAAACAAAUUGUGCAAAUGAUAAGUUUGAUUCCGAAAUUAACAACUUGUUCAGUUAGAAAUAGAAAAAGUGAUCAUCACUUAUCAGAAUUGACAAACUAUUUACCUAAUAAAAAGCUAACUGUUUUCGUUGGUACUUGGAACAUGAAGGGAACUAAGUUUUUACCAGAUUCCCUGGACAGUUUUUUAUUACCACCAGAAAGUGAAUACUUACAAGAUAUUUAUGUCAUAGGUUCACAAGAGGGAACUCCAUUCAGGAGAGAGUGGCAAGUUAGACUUCAAGAAACAUUUGGUCCAUCACAUGUUCUAAUGCAAGCAAGCAAUUUUGGAGUUUUACAAAUGUCAAUCUUUGUGCGUCGAGAACUUGUUUGGUUUUGUUCAGCUGUCGAUCAAGAUACAGUUGCUACAAGAGUAGCACACAAGAUUAAAACAAAAGGUGCCAUAGCCAUGAGUUUUAAUAUUUUUGGAACAUCUUUACUUUUUAUAACUUCUCAUUUUGCAUCCGACACUGAAAAAUUAACAGAACGUAUUAAUGAUUAUAAAAAAAUUUGUUCAAGUAUUCAAUUACCAUGGCAUAAUGCAGACACAAGUGUUGACACAAAAAAUUUUACAGAUCAUUUUGAUAGAGUUUUUUGGUUUGGAGACUUUAACUUUCGCUUAACAAAAACAAGAAAAGUUGUCGAUGAGAUAUUUAAUCUUUGUGCUGGCAACCAAUCUUUAUUGAUUAAUGAACUUCUUAAGUAUGAUCAGCUCUUAAGUCUUUGUAAAAAAGGUCAAAUAUUUCAUGAUUUUAUAGAAGCACCUAUAAAUUUUAUGCCAACAUAUAAGUUUGAUGACAAUACAGACAACUAUGAUACUUCUUCUAAAAAAAGAGUUCCUUCUUGGACUGAUCGUAUUGUUUAUAAAUCAAAACCACCUAGUGAAUUAGUAUCAGUAGUCUAUAAUUCGUGCAGUCUAAUCAAAGUAUCUGAUCACAAACCUGUUUAUGCAAUAUUUGAAACAACAAUUGAGCCAUUUAAAGAUAAUUUCCGAGUAACAGGUGCACAAUUUGACAGAGACAUCUACGUCGAGGCUAAUAUGCGUCGGAGUGCGCCUUCUGGUAAUCAAGAAAACAGUAACGUCUGCAUUUUACUUUGACAUUUAUUAAACUUAAAUAUACUUCGUUGUGGUAUACUACAAGAAAACUUAUUAAUAGAUAUCGUAAACUUUUUUUCUACUGCAGCAGUUUUAAAAACAUUUUAAGAGUUGAUUACUAUUGCUCAUAUUGUUUUAAAAUGAUAAACAAUAAAAAAUCUCACAAAGAUUAUAGAGCCUCAGUUUUUUCAAAAAAAUCAGGAAUGACUAAUGUUAAAGAAGGAAGUGUGGCAUUAUUAUUCUUUUUAAAAUCAUUUGAUUUAAACAAUGAAACUUUCAUAAUGGCGAUUCUUUCGAUGUAACAGAAAUAUUUUUGAAAACGAUUCCAGACUAUUCGUUUAUCGUAAAAAAAUAAAAGUACUUGUUGAAACAGUAGUAAAGGAGAGAAAAUUAUCAGAGGAGAACAUUCUAAAGGUAUGCAUUGACGUUGGAGGCAGAUUUUUAAAUGUUUCUUUAUAUGUUAUAGAAAAAGAAUAUGUAAUAGUAACAGAACGUAAAAAAAUGUCGAAAAAAAAAAAGUUUAUCAAUGAGGAAGAAAUAGGCAAUAAAAAAUAAAAAGAUGAU